GUUUUCUCUCCAUCUGUUUUAUCUCUCCAACCACCAGAACUUCAUAUGUUGCUUAUUGAACUUUAUAGAGACUCCAACCAACUAUACCUUAGUGAGGAACCAAGAUACCACAUUUCCACCAAUAUUCCCAGCUUGAAAUGGAUGGAGGAGAUAUGAAUAGCAGGAGGAGAGUUGGAUCAGUUAAAGAAGCCAUUAAUUUGUACAGAGGAAAAUUUUCUGAAGGGAAUUCUGCACUGGAAAAGUCCCAAAUGAAUUUUCCAGAGCCCUCUGCAAGAACGAGAGAGUUUCGUCUUGCACGGAGAGCCAUCGGGCGACUCAAUGAGAAUCAAAAAAUUGCAGAAUCAGUAAAAGCCAGAGCAGAAUCCGAACUACUUGAUGCAAGGGAGACCGUGAGAGAUCUAAGUUUAAGAAUUGAAGAAUCAAAUUCAAGAGCAAAAUUGCAGCUUCCUGACGGGGAAAAACUGCAGAAGCAUAAAAGCAGCGCAGAAGAAGGGGAAUUGUCUAUUGGGAACACUAAGGACUAUCGGUAUGCAGAAGUGAUGAGGGAACUGAAAUAUGUAAAACAGGAACUGAGCAAGCUUAAACUUGACAUGGCUUCUAUUUUAGAAGAGAAAAGGCAAGCAGAGAAGGAAACUGAAGCCUCAAGUUCAAAAUUGCGGUCUUACUCAAUCUCAGUUGAAGCACUUACGAAAGAAAUUGAGGAACUUAAUGAGGAGCAAGUGUUGGUCGAGUUGGCUCGAAUAGAAGCUCUUAAAGAAUUUGGGGUCAUUGAAGAUCAGAGAAAAGAAGAAGCUAAGCAAUACUCAUCUGCCAUGGAGGAAACAAGGAAGAACAUGAAUGACAUCAUCCAAGAGAUUGAUCGCUCGAAGGAGCUUGAAUUAAAGCUGGCUGUUACAAAUUCUGAUGUCAAUGUGCUACAGAGUGAACUAAGGCAAAUUAAAGAAAUGGACAAAAGGAUUCAAAAACAUGAGAAAUUGAAGAAUCAGGAGGAUGGUCAUCAAAAAGGAGGGGAAUGGGAGAGUUCAUCUUUGUUACAGUCAGUUACAGAAGAAUUGGAAGCUGCGAAGAAAGAGUUAGCUUCCAUUAGAGAAGAAGGUUUUCAAUUCAUGGCCUCCAUGGAUAUCGUUAGACACGAACUCAAGCAUGUCUCAGAAGAAACAGCUCAACUAAGGAAAACCGAAGAGAAAGCUGAUCUAACCAUUCAAGAUCUCAAUUCCAAGCUCCUCAGGGCAAAAACCAAAUUGGAAGCUGCAUCUGCGGCUGAAGAAAACGCCAAAUCAAUCGUGACAAAUUUAUCCCUCACUCUUGAACAAUUAAAUGCAGAAGCUGAGGCAGCCAAGAAAGAGAAGGUACUUACAAGCGAAGAAACCUCAAAUGUCAAGGCAGAAGUUGAAAAAAUUGAGUCUGAAAUAGACUUAGCUGAGGAAAGGUUACAAGCUGCAAUGCAAGAGCUUGAGGCAAUCAAAUCAUCAGAAGCAAUAGCUCUUGAGAAUCUAAAAGUACAAACAGAGAUUACAAUGAGAGCUAGAGCUCCGGCUUCUGAACAUACCUCCAAAAUAACUAUCUCAAAUUUUGAAUACGAGUACUUAAGAGGACGUGCAGUUGGAGCUGAAGAAAUUGCAGAUAAAAAGGUUGCAGCUGCUCAGGCUUGGAUAGAAGCUUUAAAGGCGAGUGAGAAGGAGCUACAGAUGAAAGCCGAAAUAGCUCAAAGAGAGAUCAGAGAGUUAAGGGUGGAGGAAGAGAAAGAGCUCUAUAGAACAGAGAAGUCACCAACUGCAAAGAGACUGGUUGAAAAUGAGAGACACAGUCGGUGGCAAAAGCAUGAGAAAAACUUGGAGCCUGAAAAUUUGCAGCGUAAGGUAACACUGCCUAGAAAAUCCACAAAUAGAAAUGGAACUGCAACCCCAGCAAGACAAGCAAAGUUUCAGAAGUCUGCUUCUCCUGCAGCUCGGCAUUUGCCUCGAUCAACUUCUGUCACAAUGAGAAGGAGAAGAAGGGUAAUGCCAAGUAUAACCAAGUUCUUCAGUAACAAGAGGAGUGAGAGGAAUGUGUAAGCCAUUCAAAGAGUGUUGGAGUUUUGAUGUGUUGAUAAGGAAGUCCUGUGAAAUAAUUUAGUCUAGGAAAUUUGCAGUUUUUACUCUCAACUUCGAUAAUCAAGCACUUGCCUUCUAAGUUUGAGUUUGUUUCUGUGAUUAACAAUAAAUGCAGUGUGUGAGGAAUACAUUGAUAUAAAGAAUAAAAACUUAUAUUUUAC